UUCCCCUGUGUUUGUUUAGUGGUGCAGCAGCCACACACAGUCAGGAGAAAAGAAGGGCAGAGCACCCAUUUAUACAGAAUUAUUUCAGAUAGCACAACAUCUGCCUCCGGCACAGUUAGAGGGUGAGGGUGUGUAGCGAUGCUGUUUGUCUGACAUCCAGUCAAACCUACAGAGGUAAGAAACUUAAUCUUCUACGUAAAUCUCUGACCUUCCAGCUGCGGGAGAACAAAUAUUUCUAACCUGGCUUAAAAUUGUGAAGCAAAUCGCAACUUAUUUGUCAGAUUACCAUCACAGAAGUUUUAAUACUUGCCAGAUCUUCAUGACACAUCUUUCCUUAAAUAAACAUUUCCAAAGUUUUCAGACGUUUUCAGCUUUUUUUUACUAAAAUUUGCUUGUGAGAAAUUAGUCAAAUCAACAAAGCUGGACAUUUAUUUCUCAUUUAGUCUGAAGUGUUCAACUUUCUUUUGACUUUGACAGUUUGUAGCUGUGAGAGGAGGAAAACUGCUGAAACGUUUUACGCCAUUUGAUCUGAGUCAAAUUUCGUGUGAAUCAAAUGUGAAUGGAAAACGGUGAGAAGACGAGCGAUGACAUGCUGCAGUGGUUGGGAAAAUGUAGUCACUUUGUAAAGUUCGUUUUUUAAGCUGACCCAAAAUCCAUACAGCGCAAAAGGAAGUGGUUUGAACCAGAUGUCAAUGUAUGCUUUAAGGUCUUAAACAUACGUUCAUAUGUAGCAGUUUGGUGUUUGUGUUGGGAUUUUGUUGUGUUGUGAUGAUCUUUAAAUGCAGGUCACAGAUUGUAUUUUUAGCUUCUGAAGCAAUAAAAGUAAAAUAAGUAUCACAGUGAACACGACCCUCGCUUUACUCACUUUGUUCUUCAACUAUGAAAGUAGAUAGGGCCUCUUGGAUCACUUCCUUUAGAAACAAUAUACAUGCACACAUGAAGGAGGUGAUCUGUGCUCAGACAGGAAAUAACCUUGAAAAUGGAAAGUGGCUGUUCUUCUUCUUUUCAGCUAAAUAUGAUGAGGAUGAAGAUGGCUGCUGUCACCACAGUCUCUCUGCUUCUGCUCCUCUGCUCCGUCAUCUCCCCAGCUUCUCAAGAGCACUGUGACAAGUAUGCUGUAACAGGAGGCGAGUUUACCGUGAUCCUGAACCACACCCUGAAGCCCACAGAAAAACUAAGAUGGAAGCACAACACUACAACAAUCUUGGAUCGAAAUCCACCGAAGACAGCAGGGUCAAAGCCCACAUAUAGCAAAGGGAGUGAGAGUGAUAUUUAUCAAAAUGGAUCUCUGAAACUGACGAAUCUGAAGAAAAACCAAACAGGGACAUACCAACCAGAGGUUUUCGAAGAUGGAACACCAGUACAAAAUCUGAAGAAAAUGUUUUUAUGCAUAUGGGACCCCGUCCAGAAACCUAGCCUGAAGACUGACUGUGUCGAGGCCAAAUCAGAAGUCAAGUUUACCUGCAGUGCCAGUAAGGUACCUGGUGGUUUCAACUUUGAAUGGCUUCUGAAUGAAAAACCCCUCACAUCGGAGAAAGGUCAGACUCUGACAAAAAAAGUCAAAGAUGUGAAAGAAGUUUCCAUAAAAUGCAGAGUUUUCAACAACGCCAGCUCUGAGACCAGUGAGCCUGUUACACAACCAUGCUUUAAAAGCCUUAUCCCUGAAAAAGUUCUGGGAGUUAGUAUCUGGAUUUUCGUGGGCGGUGGAGGAGGUGUUGUUCUUCUGCUGAUUAUCUUGGUCAUCGUUUGCUGUGUCAAGGCCAGACGGAAAAAACACAUGCGGCUGAAGGAUGAGCAGGAGCUUCGUUUGGGAUGGACCAAUCCUGAGCAACAACAGCAGCAACCGCAACAACAGCAUCAACAUCGUCGUCAGCAAACUCCUCUUCCUGAGCAUCCCCACCAUCACCACCAUCACCACCAGCAUCAGGCCGGCCACACUGGUCCCCGCCAAAAUCGCACCAGACAACCCCGUCCCAGAGCCCCCGACCCCCCCAACGGUCACCCUCAGCCCAGCCCCAGAAGAGCACAGACCCCCAAACCAGUUGUUAACGACGAUGACGAGCAGCCUCCUCCUCUUCCUCAGCCCAGGAAGAAAGUUCCCAAAACACCAAGAGCGUGACGAGAAGUGAGUGUGGGAGUUUAGAAAACUUAAUCACUCCUCUGUUUAUUUUUUCUUCAAUUCACUGAUCUGCUCCCUUUUUCUCUACUGAUGUUUCUGCUCUAAUGAAGAACAUUAAUUCAUCCAAACUCAGCGAGGCAAAGCAGAACGAAGUCAGGUCCCUCUGUUUUGGUAGAUGUUUUGGAAAAUCAAUUUGAAACUGUUUUUAUCGAGUAUUUUCUAAUCUCUAAAAAAAGAAAAGAAAAAAAAACAACGCCUGUCAAAGCUGAACUCAAACUAUGAAUCAUCAUUACCUUUCAGUUUUAUGAUGCUUGAGAUGUGCACACGUUGGUCAAACCUGCACUGCUCCAGUAUUUUGGUUUUAUAGCUUUUAUAAUCUUGUAUUUAUUUCUGAGGUCGCCUGAGGACAGCUGUUAAUUUUAACCAUUAUUUCUUCUCAAGAUAUUAAACCAUUAUCUUAUUAUCAUUUUUACAACUUUAUUAUUUGUACACAACAUUUAUUUUCCGACAAAAAAAUGUUUCCUUGUCCUUGUCCUCUUUCAUUUUUGUUCUUCUCCUCGAUGAAGGAGAUUUAAGUAUGAGGCGUAAAAGGCCGUUAUUGCAAACUAAGGACACAUUAAUGUUCUAAACUCAAACGUAUUCACAGUGCUGUGCCAAAGAAUUAUUUUUGUACUUUUAUAUACUUUUUUGUAUUUUUUUUCAAAUGAUUUCAUCUUCUUUAUAUUUAAAUUACAUGCAAAUGCUGAACAAAAUAUAAAUCACCUUCUCAGAAGCACAUAUGUAUUUUUAUCCACUCACUUGUACUGAAGGUCAAAGGUGCAGUGACUCUGUCAGGAAAGUCCUGGAUGCCAUUACAGUUUCUGGGAGCGUAUAUUUAGUUGUAUCAAACAGAUCUGAAAAUGUGAGUGACAGUAACAGAAAUACAAAACAACAGAGUAAAAGUUAGCAAUCAAAGUCAGCGGCUUACUCAUAAAUACACAUUCUCGGUUCCAGUUAUUACAUGUUAGUUCAGUACAGGAUUUUCUUUGUUAGCUUAUUCAAAGACAGAUGAAAGGACUGAUACCAGUCAUUGUUUGUAUAUUAAAUGUGAACCUACAGCUCGAUGCUCUGUUGGUUUAGUUUAGCAUAAAGGCUGGAGACAGGGAAGCAGCCUGGUGCUGAAUCUGCCUCCUGCACCUGUACGUUCACCUGCUUUCAGAUUUGCGUUCAUGUGCACAUCGUGCCUGCCAUGUGUGUUCUGCGUUCCUUGAGCGCUGUGGUUGUGCACUUCCUCACAAACUAACGUUACACAUUUGCAAGACGCAAAGCAGCACAUGACCGAUGGGUGCAGGGUCAGAAAGCUGGAUCACUGCAGCAGUGGCACAAAGAGAGAAAGUAACCGUUGCUGUUUUCUCUGCUGUGAUCUCAGCAUUGAAAAUACCCUAACAUUCUCUGGUGUCACCGACACAUUAACAUUGUGCAAAAGUGGAAGUAUAAAAGGAAGAUGUUUUCCUGAUUGGGCCCCAGUCUGCCCCCUAGUGGAUGAUCCUCCAGAUACACAGUGUGUAGACGUGAGCAAUGAUGCUGGAAAGAUAUAAUGAUGAGCCAGAUUAGCUAUGUCCCUCUGCUUCCAGCUGAGCUAAGCUUUCUUCAGCUGAAUAAGCAUAUUUACCCUGUAUGAGUUUUCUGAGCCUCCAACAUUUUUGUUUUCAGCGUGAGAACCACAUUCAGUGUUUUCACAGCAGCCUUCAAUGUAAGUUUGACUUUUGUGUACACUUGUAUGCUCUUGUUCAUGAUGCUCUUUUUUGUAUUUGUGUUGUGAAUUGAUGAACAAAGGAAAAACUGGAUAGUGACAAAACUUUUCUCUGAGAAGACUGAAAAUAAAUGUCAUAUGUGUAACAGUACAAGUUUGGAUAGUAGGAAACAAGCCUGCACUCCUCAAAUGAUCUGUACCACUUUACUAAGGCAUUUACAUUGUGUGUGUCAGAGUAUGUGCUUUGUGUGUGAAAAUGCAAACUCAAACUGUGUUCAGUGAAGUUUUCAAAUAAAUGAUGUAAAUUAUGAUGUGAA